UUACGUUCGAACCCAACCCGUGAGCAAAGCCGAUGGUUCUGAAUAUUUCGCAGCAAAGCGCAACUUUUGAGGGUGGCAGUGGUCGCAAGCGUCGCGCCGACACCGCCGAAACCGUUUUAGGGCUUGAGGAAACUUGCUUCAAUAAGCACCGUUGUGUUGUGGUGUUGUGAAGGCUCGUGUUCGUUCACUUUUACUUUCAUUUGUGGCGCAACACAGUGUUUGAGAGUCGUGUCCCAAAAAUAUAAUUCACUCAACGCGAAGGCUGGCGACCGAUCAAACACGGUUUUAUGUGCUUGAACGUUCGAAUUAUGGUGCGGUGUGAUUAUUGCACAUCUUCUGGUGCUCGCGACUGCCCUACGGCGACCACAGUCGCGAGUGCCCUUUAGGACUAUUUAUUCUCUGGGUUGUCCUUGACAAAAUUACUAAAUUCGCCAUGUACUCUGAGGAACAGGAUUCCCACGGCUUAUUAACCUUGCAUUAUGGCAAACAUCAUGCAACUAUAGUCGACGAAAUUAAAACUUGUUUUGCCUCUGAGAACUUUGCCGAUAUGACAUUCGUAUGUGACGAUAAAACAACUUUAAGCGCUCAUAAAUUAAUAAUGGCGGCAGCGAGUCCUUUAGUGCGACGCAUUCUUGGAGAGAGCGCCCAUGCUCACGGGCCCAGCGUUGUGCUCAUCCCAGGAAUAAAAAGCUGCCACCUCCGGCACUUGCUCGACUUUUUGUACAACGGGCAAGCUUGCGUUAAGUCUAGCGAAUUGGACAGCAUUCAGGAGUUGUUCGAACUGUUGCAAAUUAAAUCGGACAUGUGGCAGUCUUCGUCGACCGAAGAGGCCAAGUGUCAGUCCGAACACGGCAACAGUUACGACAAUUCCGACUUGAUGGUUGUAAAAAGAGAAACGGACGACGACGAAAAGGAAGAAGGCGAAAUUAAAGACGACGACGAUGACACUUUGGACGAAAACAAUAUUUCAGAAGAAGGCGGAUCCUCGCCAAACCCAGUGAAUCUAUCUCUCAACACGAAAAACACCGACGAGGAAAAGGACAUCGACGAUGACAACAGCUCGGAGCAGUUGGAAAAGAAAAAUUCCGACGUGUUGAAAAUCGGCCAGACGACUGUGAAAAUCGCCCCGAAAGUGCACGAAUUGUCGCAGUUCCACCACCACCGAAUGAAACGCAAAAGUAUGUACAUUGAGCCGAUCGAUUUGAAGAACCAGGAAGAAUUGAAGCCGCCGAUCGGCGACCAGAAGCUGAUCUCGUUGGUGCAAAGUCCCGACAAUUACGUUGUGACUCCGCAUCGCAAACGGCGUCCUGGUUUCCACAACUCCCCGGCUCAAAACCCCCCAUUUGUGCCGUUUUCGCCGUCUUACAUCGACGACGCCGUGCACCACCAGCACCACAGAUACAAGAAUUUGCCGCCUUUGAUCGCAGCCCACCACCCGUUAUCGCUGUCGGCGCCGCCGUUUCUGGUGGAUAGGAUCCACACUCCGACGCCGGGGCAACACUCCGACACCGUGGGCCCCCCGGACAACGUCGUGGUCAAGUACAGGCCGCCCAGCGCGGACCAGGGGGUGACGGAGGCGUACCAGAAUUUUGAGCACACUUGGGGCGCCUGGUCGCUGUGCCAGACGCAAGUGAAUCCGUCUUCGAGCAAUGAGGAUUCGAGGGAUCCGCCGGCGUCUUUCUCAGUUAGUGGUGGUGGCGGUGGUGGGGGCAGUGGGGUUUCGAGUGCCGGGGGCGGUGAUUCGGCGGAAAGUUCGUCGCAUGCGUCUAUCACCACGAAACAAGUGCUGCCCACGGUGCAAGUUCGGGAGUACCGGUGUGAGUACUGUGGCAAACAGUUUGGGAUGUCCUGGAAUUUGAAGACCCACUUGCGGGUGCACACCGGCGAAAAACCGUUCGCUUGUCGGUUGUGUGUCGCGAUGUUCAAGCAGAAAGCACAUUUAUUGAAACAUCUGUGUUCAGUGCAUCGGAACGUUAUAUCGUCGAACGAUGGCAAUUCCGGACGUUUUAACUGUUGUUUCUGCCCCUUGUCGUUUGAGUCCCUACCCGAAUUGAUCAGGCAUUUGUCAGGACCGCACAAUAAUUUACUUCUAAGUAAAAACAUGCACGAGCUUAAAUAACAUUCCAUGAUUGCAUGAGGUCGUAUAUUGUGGUUGUGGAACGACCGCAUCAAUUUCGAUUCGUUGAAUUGUGAUAUAAUUAAAUGAGAUAAUCCCAAUAGUGCCUUUCCUAUGAACAUAAUGCGUAACUGUUAGCUCGGCAACCCUCAGGGAUGUAGUCUUUAGUUUUAGUCCUGGGAACGGGCACUAAAGCAAGGGGACCUGUCGUGCCUGGACUUGACCGACGCCUUCCUUCAUUAUUGUUAUAGUUUAUUAAUUAGUAGAAACAAUCUCAACCGUUCUUGUGUUCAAUGAUUAUCGUACUUAGUGCUAUGCGUGGUGUGUAUGACAAAUAAUGAUUGUGUACGUACUUUUUUCACAGAAAGCUAAACUCUAUUGUUAUAUACAUCACAAGUGGAUGCAUAUUAUACAGUAGGUACAUUUACUAAAAAUGCUGUUCUCUCCAAGCAUUCGUCCAAAGCAUUUAUAGUUUAUGUAUAAGAAAUUGUAUAAUUUUUCCCGAUUUAUAGUUUUUACUACAAAACUGAAAUAGAUAAACGUAUAUUUUUUAUAUACACACCAAAGAAUUAAAAAUUCACUUUAAGCGAAUAAAACUAUAUAUUUAAACUAUCACCUCUUUAAAAAAGUGCUCUCGUUUUAUAUUCCGUGAAUGGAACAAAGGCCAUUAAAGUAGUUUUUGUAGAAAAGAUCAUCCGCAAAAAUACUCAACUCGCCCGAAAUUUACCAAAUUCAAACGUGUUGGCUUACGACUUCAUACAAAAUGUGGUACAAACAUGGUAAAGUAAUAGUUGUGUUAAUUUUGUACAUAGUAGUUUGUAAAUAAUGUAUUUACAAAAUAAAAUAGUCUUUUUCUAAAA